CUUAUUGCCUUCUGUUUGUUAAGUAGCUAUUUGUACAGGAAAGUGGGUGUAAUGGACAAAUGUGUACACUAGUCUUAACGAACUAACGCGCCUGGAACAGUAUUACCCCCAUAAAAUUGCAACUAUGUUUGGCCGGUCACGGAGCUGGGUUGGAGGACAGGGGAAAACAAAAAACAUCCACUCUUUGGACCAUUUGAAGUACAUGUACCAUGUCCUAACCAAAAACACCACAGUGACAGAUCACAACCGAAACCUACUUGUGGAGACAAUCCGCUCCAUAACGGAGAUCCUCAUCUGGGGGGACCAGAAUGACAGCUCUGUGUUUGACUUCUUCCUGGAGAAGAAUAUGUUUGCCUUCUUUCUGAACAUCCUGCGUCAGAAGUCAGGACGUUAUGUGUGUGUUCAGCUUCUCCAGACCCUCAACAUACUCUUUGAGAACAUCAGCCAUGAGACAUCCUUAUAUUAUCUCUUGUCAAACAACCAUGUGAACUCCAUCAUCGUCCACAAGUUUGACUUCUCAGAUGAGGAGAUUAUGGCCUACUAUAUCUCCUUCCUCAAGACCCUGUCACUCAAACUCAACAACCACACUGUGCACUUCUUCUACAAUGAGCACACUAAUGACUUUGCCCUGUACACCGAGGCCAUUAAGUUUUUCAACCACCCUGAGAGCAUGGUCCGCAUUGCAGUCCGUACCAUCACACUCAACGUCUACAAAGUUUCAUUGGACAACCAGCUCAUGCUGCACUACAUCCGGGAUAAGACAGCAGUCCCUUAUUUCAGCAACUUGGUCUGGUUUAUUGGCAGUCAUGUAAUUGAACUGGACAAGUGUGUGCAGACAGAUGAAGAACAUACGAACAGAGGGAAGUUAAGUGAUCUGGUAGCGGAGCACCUUGACCAUCUCCACUACCUCAACGAUAUCCUCAUUAUCAACUGUGAAUUCCUUAAUGAUGUUUUGACCGACCACCUCCUCAACCGUCUGUUCCUUCCCCUCUAUGUCUACUCAUUGGUUAGCCCAGAGACGUCCGAAGAGCGAAGGAUCAACCCCCAGGUAUCCCUCUACCUGCUGUCUCAAGUGUUUCUCAUCAUCCACUAUCAACCACUGGUCAACGCCCUGGCCAACGUUAUUCUCAAUGGAGACCUGUCUGUCUUCACCCCGCAGACAGACAUACACAGCACACAUAAGAACACGACCAGUUCGGGAGGUGUGCGUCGGUUCACCAAACCCCCAGAGUCUCUGGAGCGCUCCUUGGAGCUGUCCCGCCACCGCGGCCGCAAGAGGACCCAGAAGAGGCCAAACUACAAGAACCUGGGCGAAGAAGAGGAUGAUGAAAGGGCUGGGGGAGGAGGAGGAAGUGGUGGAGGAGGAGGACUAGAGGAGGGCUGGGACGACGACGGAAGAGGAGGAGACAGGGAGGGAGGCCGAGAGAGGGAAAAGGGAAAAGGUACAGAGGGAGUAGGAGGAGGUGGGAGUUCUAAGGGAAGCAGAGCGAGUGGGGAGACAGCAGAAGAGAUAGAGAUGGUGGUGAUGGAGAAGUGUAAGGUGUCGGAGCUGACUGAGCAGAACAUCACUGAUGAGGAGAAGACCGCUGCAGCCAGCCACACACACACACAGAGGAGCAGACCUUUCUUAGACAUGCUGUACAGUGCCCUUGACUGCUCCACGGAUGACUACCACGCCCUGUUCGUUCUCUGCCUGCUUUAUGCUGUCUCACACAGCAAAGGUUGGUCUUUUUCUUCAUUUAUAAACAUGCAUAUUGGUUACAUGCCUGAGCAGGAGAGGAGCUCCUACAGCCUGGUGCUGGUAGAACGACUGAUCAGAGUUAUGAGCCAGGCAGCGCAGCCAGAUGGUAAAGUGCGUCUGGCAACACUGGAGCUGAGCUGUCUCUUAUUAAAACAGUCUGUGCUUUCUGGAAACCACUGUGUAAUCAAAGACGUUCAUCUGGCUUGCCUGGAGGGUGCAAGAGAAGAAAGUCUGCAUUUGCUGCGGGGAUUCUACAAGGGCGAGGAGAUCUUUCUGGACAUGUUUGAAGAUGAAUACAGGAGCAUGACGAGUAAACCUCUGAAUGUGGAGUAUCUAAUGAUGGAUGCAUCAAUACUGCUGCCACCCACCGGCACCCCUCUGACUGGCAUCGACUUUGUCAAGAGGCUGCCCUGUGGAGAUGUGGAGAAGACACGCAGGGCGAUCCGUGUGUUCUUCAUGUUGCGAUCGCUGUCGCUUCAGCUUCAGGGAGAACCCGAGACACAGCUGCCUCUUACCAGACCUGAAGACCUUAUCAAGACAGAUGACGUCCUAGACCUGAAUAACAGUGACCUAAUAGCAUGUAUGGUGGUCAGUAAAGAGGGCGGCCAGGCCCAGAGGUUCCUCGCCGUAGAUGUCUACCAGAUGAGUUUGGUUGAACCAGAGACCAAACGCCUCGGUUGGGGUGUUGUCAAGUUUGCUGGCCUCUUGCAAGACAUGCAGGUGUCUGGCGUUGAGGACGACAGCAGGGCGCUCAACAUUGUCAUCCAUAGGCCCAGCUCCAACCCCCAUGCCAAGCCCCUGCCUAUCCUGCAGGCCAACUUCAUCUUUGCCGACCACAUCCGCUGCAUCAUCGCCAAGCAGAGGUUGGCCAAAGGACGCAUCCAGGCCCGACGCAUGAAGAUGCAGAGGAUCGCAGUUCUAAUGGACCUGCCUGUGCAGCCUAGUGCAACAGAGGUUUUGGGUUUCAAUCAGGCGGCAAAUGCUUCACCCAGCGGCCUGCCUUUCAGAUUCUACGAGCAGUCGAGACGGGCCCCCAACGACCCCACAGCAAACAGAUCAGUCUUCGCCUCAGCAGAGAAAGUACCAGGUUUUGCAGUGGCUCAAUGUGUGUCGCAGCACAGUCCCUCGCCCCUCUCCUCCCCCUCGCCUCCCUCCAGUGGGAGUGGGAGCACAGGAAGAUGUGACUCUGUUACUACAAGCACUAUAUCAGCUCAGAGCCCCACAGAUGAUGGUACGUUUUUGGAGCACACCCCACCCUCCUCCUCAAGUGGAGAAGGUGAAGGAGGAGGUGGAGAAGUGACACUAGUCUCCUGUGCUCCCUCGACUCCAGUCUCGGCACCGGCACUGGCCCCAAGCCUCACUCCUGCCUCGCAGCCCACCAUCUCCCUCCUCACUGACGACCGUGCCGACACCCUCAGCGUGGAGUCACUCACGCUGCUGCCCCCCACCGACUCACCACACCUGCAUCCAUGCACCAGCCAUAUUCCCAUGAUGUACUCCCUCCAGAGACCGGAUGCUUCCAUUGCAGAGGAAGAAGUAAAUCAAAAAGAAGAGGAGCUGCAAGAGGAGGAGGGGUCGCCGACGGAUGAGACGGAGACAGAUGUGACAGUAAAAGAAGAAAACACAACAACAGAGUUGCUCACACCCACUGACGAGGCACCAGAAGAAGCAGAGGGAGGAGAAAAGCCAGAAGGCGAAGACAAACACGUAGAGCUGGACAGAGACCUGCUCUCUGCUGCAGAGCUGCAGGAAAGAGACGACCUGACAGCUGCAGAGUCUGUAGAGAAGACAGAAGAUGCGGAGGCACACGCUGGAUCCCCAGACUCACCUGAACUAGAUUAAGCAAAACACGCACCUUCAUGUUCAUACACUUAAAUCUGUCUCUGGCCUGCAGAAAGGACAAACAGGUGUGUUGGUUACAACAUACUGAACUAGGCUGCAGUAUAUUUUCAUGUUGCGAUCUGUAGGUAGUGUGAUUUAAAUAGUUGAAGAGGCUUUUGAAGGCAUCUCAGCAUUUGUGUUUGCACAUGAAGAAAGACUCUUUACAUAUAGAGAGAACAGAAGAUGAGACAGACACUGGUUGAGCUCAGCGAAGGCUCAAAGCACAUUUAGAUUUCUCAGCACUCGAGUGUGUGUAGUUGUGUGUAUGCAAGGGUUUUUAGCACGCGUGUGUAAAUGCACAUAACCAGCAACAUUUUUUACUCAUUUUGAUCAAUUGUCAGCUGAAAGGCACACGUACGCAACAUGCUGCUGGUGUGAGCUGUUUAUCCACCUUUGGGAAUUUCAAAUUCUAUUUUUGUGUCCUAUGUUCUAUAACAGUUCACCACAACUUGUUUUGUGGUGGCGGUCACUAUAUGCUAACACACACACACGCUAUGCAUACAGUACACACAGAGUCAGCUGCACAGCCUUUUAACCGCUGCAUGUCACAGCCAUUUGCAGGCACUGCCACCUAGGACUGCCAGUGUGUAGGUGUGUGUUCUGCAUUUAGUUUAGUUCUUAUCUUUGACAUGAAAAGUAGCAAUCCAUUCAUUUGCCAUUUUCAAAUCAUUAAGUUUGAGAUAAAUACUCUAAUAUCAAGUUAACUCACUUGAUUGAUGAAACUCUCACAGCCUCAGAGUGAUGCAGUGAUCGUGUGCCAUGAGAAACAUUAGUCUUCAGGUCUGCACUUUGCCACAUACACACGGGGUUGAAUGUAUCCGUUGGCUGCCCCUCAGGCGCUGACCUCAGGUGUGCUUUCCUGAGAAUCAAAAUCGAUAAAUGCUUUAAAAGCUCUGCCUGCUUUCUGAAAAAAGGUUUUUCUGGUGAACUCUUGAGAUGUCUUAUUUUCCAGGAACAAAAUAAUGAGUCUUUUUUCCUAGGAAACCCCAAAACAUGAAGUAUGAUUUGUUUAAAACAUGGAAUUAUUGAAUAAUAGCCGAAAGAAUGACAAAGGGACUCGGCCAACAUUAGGAUUUCCUUUGGUUUUUGGAAACCAGAUGCUGAGUUCAGCAUCUGGGCCAAACCCCCUCCUCACCCUUCUCCUUUAACCAGCUGAAAAAAAGCUUUACUACUGCAAUAAUGUAAACCAACGAGGGGAGAGAUGAAUGUAACAUAACUUCUCUCUCCUAACAGCUGUGUCGGUUGAUUGCUUUGAUUGGCAUCAGUAUAUUUUAACCUUAAUUAAUGACUUGAUUUGUAACUCUUAGGAACAAAGCACACACAGAUUCUUUAUAACAUCACUUCUCCCCAUCUGCUCACCAUUUGUAAUCUUUUUUUUCUUGUUCCUUUUCUCUUCUGCCUUUGCUUUCCAACACCCUCUCUUCUUUACCACGAGCCACGAUCAUUCAGCCAGUUUCUUAAUGCUUGACUGUUCUGAUUUUUAACUCUAUACAGUCAAUGAGCUGAUAAAGGAGAAAUUCAGAGCAAUACUAUUUUUUUUGUCCAUCUCUUAUUGUUUCCAAUGUGUUACUGUAAAUAGCAGAAGAAUGAUAGUGAUGCUCACUGACAUGCUGGAGAAGCUUGGCGCUGUAGAGCCGGUGCUGAUGUUUGGAUAAACACGAUGCCAUGUCAGAAGACGACAUGGCGCCAUGGCGUCUUCUGACAUGGCAUCGUGUUACCUGUAGCCACUGGCAACCUCUACCAAAACAUGCCGUGACAAGCGUCCAUUAUGAAGUCUGUCUUUGUAGUGCGUGUGUGUGUAAUAUGUCUGUAUGCUCUGUAAAUGCUUUUGGCUUUUAAACCUGUAAUUAUUGUUAAUAAACUGAAACAGAGGGAUAAAUAAAGAACUGCAAUAAAUUAUUCUACUUAACAACAGUGAGACAGUA